UUCAAUGUCGUUCUCGCUUCGUGUGGAAAGUUCAAUGGUCCGGGUGCAAACUUUCAGGCAGCCGUCUGCAGACCGGAGACGGACUCUAUAACUGGACCGAACUCUGGUCCCCAGCGCUCAUUACACGGAUCGAAGUGGCGCUUACGGUCUGUCGGUCGAAACGAGUUCAGUUACGAGAUCUUAACCUCGAAGGGGUGUCGUGUUCAUUUAAAGCUUUGUUUCGUGUUCUGCUCGCGGUGGAAACAUGGCCUGCGCGCCGAACCGGGCGCGCCUUCUGUGCAUGCUGUCGCUCACCUUCGGCUUUUUCAUCGUGGAGGUGGUGGUGAGCCGGGUCACGUCUUCUCUAGCGAUGCUGUCGGACUCCUUUCAUAUGCUGUCGGACGUGAUCGCGCUGAUCGUGGCUCUGGUCGCGGUGCGUUUCGCGGAGAAGACCCAGUCCACACACAAAAACACGUUCGGCUGGAUCCGGGCGGAGGUGAUGGGCGCGCUGGUCAACGCCGUGUUCCUCACCGCGCUCUGCUUCACCAUCAUCCUGGAGGCCAUCGAGCGCUUCACGGAGCCUAAGGAGAUCGAGCAGCCCUUGGUGGUGAUCACGGUGGGGGCCCUGGGGCUGCUGGUCAACCUGCUCGGGCUCUGUCUCUUUCACGGACACGCCGGAGGCGGAGGACACGGACAUUCGCACGGAGAACGCAAGAACGGGAAGGUCCGCCGGUGUGAGACGCUGGAGGACGGACGGUCCGCGGCCGAGGAGACCAAUAAUCUGGUCGGGGAUCACAACAACAGCCCUAAUAGUGAUAAUCCAGACAAGAAAAGAGCCGAUAAAUCGGAGAUGUGUCACAGUGACAGCCUGGGUUUGCAGAUUAACAGCAGCGAUCUUUACGAAGAGCUUGACAAUGGACAAGACUCGGCAUCCCAGCUCAACAUGCGGGGGGUUUUCCUGCACGUCCUGGGCGACGCUCUCGGCUCAGUCAUCGUGGUGAUCAACGCUAUCAUCUUCACCCUCGUAUGGAAGCCAUGCCCCCCAGGCAUUACCUGUGAGAACCCUUGUGUAGACCAACACUGCGCAGACACUUUACUCAAUAGCAGCAGUGCAGCAUCCAACACCACUUUGCACGUAGCGGGACCCUGCUGGGUAUUGUAUCUCGACCCCACCCUCUGCAUCAUUAUGGUCUUCAUCCUUCUCUACACCACAUACCCGUUGUUGAAGGAGUCUGCACUUAUCCUGCUACAAACCGUACCCAAGCAAAUCGACAUGCAUCAGCUCAAAGCUCGCCUGCAGGAUCUGGAGGGUGUGCUGGCGGUGCACGAGCUGCACAUCUGGCUGCUGGCAGGCAGUCGCAUCAUUGCCACCGCGCACAUCAAAUGCCAAGACCCCACGUCCUACAUGGACGUAGCCAAGCGCAUCAAGGACUUUUUCCACAAUGAGGGCAUCCACGCUACAACCAUUCAACCGGAAUUUGUAACGGUGAACUCGGAGUCUCGCAUUUCACUCUGCGAGCUCUCCUGUAGAACGCAGUGCGCCCCGAAGCUUUGCUGUGGAUCCGCUGAUGCCGUAAAGCCUCCUGAUGGAGCCGCAGAACCGAAGAAACCAUGUGAAGCUAUAACCCCAACGGUAACCAGUACUACAUCUGCUGCAUCUCUGGAGAUCAUCAGUGAGUCCGUGGAGGAAACAAGCAGGCCAGAAUCCGUUAGUGGUGUGGAAUCAUCAUUGUAAUUGAGGAGCAGGUUCUGCUGGGUUCUCUUUAGGGCGCUGAUGUAUAUUGGCUCAGCUGACUGAUUUCUGCAAUGCUGUGAGAAGAACUGAGCUCUAAUGCACUCAUGAUAACACACACAUAUAUACAUAACGAUACCACUUUAAAAUACAGACAAUAUAAAUAGGCUGGAGAGAAAGGCUGGCCUCCUCUUUUCAUGUGUCUUCUCCUCUGUCUGUGCCAAAGCUUCUUUUCAUACAGGACACCAGACACUUGCGUCUUUCCUGUGGAUUGAAACGCAACGACAUGCAAUUUUAAUGUUCAGCUGCUGGACCAAGUAGAAAUUUCUAAGUUUCUUUUUUUUUCUACCCAUCCUU